AUGGCUUCAGGUUCCAAACCCAAGAACUGGCCGCAGGACAUCAAGUAUCUCACUAAACCAACAUUGUCAGAAAAGUUAGAUCAGACGAUUCUCGGCCCGUUAGGGUUUGGAUCAAAGAGCAGCAGCAGCGGGCCUCGAUUCGCUACAGCCCCCUCCGAGAAUGUGGCUAUAAAAAAAAUUUCGGACUCGUCACACCCAGCCGAUGGUGAAUACGGACUGUUUGCAACGAAAAAUCUAGCUCCAGGAACCCAUAUCCUAGACUACUUGGGCCAUUAUCACGAAACAAGCCCGGAGGACACUGAUGAAGCCUCAAACUACGACUUGGUACUCACGCGAGACGUGGGGGGGACAAACCGAGGCAUUGCAAUCGAUGCACGUUUCGGCGGCAAUGAAGCCCGUAUGAUAAAUGAUUAUCGCGGCGUCGCCGCGAAGCCUAAUGCCGAGUUCAAAGAACGAGAAACCGGGAUCAUGGGGGUAUUUGUUGUUGUGAACAACGGAAUAAAAGGAUUCAAGGGGAUCAAAAAGGGCGAGGAGAUAUUAGUGAGUUACGGACGGUCGUUCUGGAGCGAAAGACGGAGCGAGUGA